AUGGAUGAGGUUAGCUUAUUUUGUGGUAAACAUGGAAUUUCAAUUCCCAAAAUGAAUGAAGACUACUCUAAUGGGAAGUCGAAGCGUAAGAGGUCCAAUAUUUCAUAUUUGCAUCACUUUCGUGUGGAAGUAUUUUAUGCCGUCAUUGAUUUGGCACUUCAAGAACUCAAUAAUCGUUUUGAUGUGGUGACUAGUGACUUGCUCCUCGGUAUGGCUAGUUUGAGUCCGGUUGAUUCAUUUGCUAAUUUUCACAAGGAUAGGAUAGUGAAACUAGCCGAGUACUACCCAAGUGAGUUUGGUGAUAAAGAGCUUCGGGAACUCAAUUUUCAACUUGAUGAUUUUAUUGUCGAUGCUCAAAAGUGUGAUAGCAAGUUUCUCAACUUGAAGGGAAUCAAGGAUCUUGCAAAAGUGAUGAUAGAGACAAAACUAGAUCAAACUUGGUCACUUGUGUAUCUACUUGUGAAGUUAACUUUGAUUAUUCCUGUUGCUACCGCAAGUGUGGAAAGAGCAUUCUCAUCAAUGAAGUACAUAAAGAAUGAUUUGCGUAAUAGGAUGGAUGAAGAUCUUUUGAAUGAGAGCCAAUCUCCUCCUCCUCCUCUUCCUCUCCCUCUUCCUCCUCCACCUUCGUCGUCGUCGAUUUUCGAUGCUAUAGUUGCACUAGAUGGAAGUGGAAAUUUCAUGUCCAUAACAGAAGCAUUGCAAGCAGCUCCAAAUAACAGUGAUAGGAUAUACACCAUACAAAUUAAAGAAGGGAUAUAUAAUGAACAUGUUUUUGUUCAUAAAAAUAAGACUAAUAUAACAUUUAUUGGUGAAGGAAUGGACCGUACCAUUAUUACUGGACGUAAAAGCAAUGGCACGGGAUUCAAAACAAAUGAGACUGCUACUGUAGAUAUACAUGGCCAUGGAUUCGUAGCACAAGACAUUACAAUUCAAAAUACUGCUGGAGCAUCGAUGCAUCAAGCGGUCGCGACGAGUAUUUCAGCUGAUCACGUUGCGUUUUAUCGAUGCAAGUUCGAUGGCUAUCAAGAUACACUUUACGCAAGAAAAGGUGUACAAUUUUUCAGAGAUUGUGAAGUCUAUGGUACGGUGGACUUUAUAUUUGGUAACGCAAAAGUCAUUCUUCAAAAUUGUAGUAUAUGUGUUAGAAAACCUGAAGAUAUUCAAAAUGAAGUGACUAUAACUGCCCAAGGAAGAAAACGUAAACAUGAAGAUACUGCUAUUGUCCUUCAAGGUUGCACCAUAAAUGUGUCACAAGAGCUGCGCGAGCGUGAACCUAAGGUACGAGUAUUCCUAGGAAGGCCUUGGAAGAAUCACUCGCGAGCGAUCGUGAUGUCAAGUUACCUAGAUGAUUUCAUUGAUCCAGAAGGUUGGGUUGAAUGGAAUGGGAAUACAGAAGAUAUAUAUUUUGGUGAGUAUAAUAACAGAGGACCAGGAGCUAACAUGGAUGGAAGAGUGAAAUGGGCAAAAAUACUUUCAGAGUAUGAUGUUUCUAAUUUUACUGUUCGAAAUUUUCUACAUGGACAUGAAUGGAUUCCCUAUGAAAUCCCAAUGACACUUGAUCUACUUUAA